GCAUUUGUUUUGUUAUUAUAAUUCAUCAAAUUAAUAUUCUGAGGUGUGCACAGGCCGCCCUACUAGAGAGAUGAUCCAGAAUGAUGUGGAACACCUCCGGUGGAAGUCCCUGGAAGAAGUUGCUGCUGUUCUUCAGCUGACUGCGGGUCGUAAUGGUUCUGACCGGACGGAUCCGGCUGGCAGUUUUUCUUCUAGCUUUUCCUCUCACCAUUUUUGAUUACAUUGACUGGAUACUAAAAAGAAACACCGUUUUUUUGUACAUGAACAUUAGUUUGCGUACAAACUGAGAGGCACGCUUCGUGGAGGGUCAUCCCAGCAUUGACAGAGAACUGAAUGCUACAAGGAGGGUCUUAGUUUGACCCACAGGGGACAGCAAUGGUCUUAAGGGAAGUCCAGAGAAACAGCUUCUACACUGGGCCUACAUUACAGUAUGUAGUCCAUUUAUAGCUGAAGUUAAUGAUGGAGAUUUUGCAUUUCAACCAUGGCAUGAUGGCUAACACUUCCAUUAAGGCAGGGACAGGAGAUGAUUGGUGUGGCAUCAAUGCAAAACAGAGUAUCCAUCGGGAGCUUCUUCAGCUUUGUGUCCAGGCCAAAUGCACCAUCUGGGCGCUUGUGACCAUGGGUAGAUCGUUCACUUCUUUUACCAUAUUGUUACAGAUGCAGACACCUGCCACUCAGCGAUGCCAGAAUAGUUUCAACUCCAUCACUUCAGACACACUUGAGGAAUGGCUCGCCGUCCGUGACGAAGGUGGAGCUCGCUGGAACUCCGUGUAUUAGUGGGGACUGGUGUGCGAUGAACAGAAGAAGAAGAAGCAGCAGCCACAUCUGCAGCCUGAGUAAAGAGUCAGCAUCUUUCCAAGUGAGCCCAACAUGGCCAGUACCGUACUUCAGCUCCUUGGUUUCUUCUUAAGCAUGCUUGGCUUUGUGGGAACCAUAGUUGCCACCGUGCUUCCACACUGGCGCAGCUCGGCCUACGUCGACGCAAACAUCAUCACGGCCACCAGCACCAUGAAAGGCCUGUGGAUGGCGUGCGUGUGGCACAGCACGGGCAUUUAUCAGUGUGAGCUGUAUAGAUCUCUCCUGGCGCUGCCACAGGACAUGCAGGCUGCCCGGGCACUCAUGGUACUCUCCUGCAUCACCUCCGUCCUUGGAAUAGUGCUUUCUGUGAUGGGUAUGAAGUGCACCUACUUUGCCCGAGGCUCAUUAAUCAAGUCCCCACUGGUGCUGAGUGGAGGGAUUUGCUUUCUCUGUGCCGGUUUGCUCUGCUUGACCACUGUUUCCUGGACCACCAAUGACGUCAUUGCAGAUUUCUAUGACCCCUUCCUCCCAAGUGGCAUGAAGUAUGAAAUCGGCCUGGCGGUGUAUAUUGGCUAUGCUUCGGCCUGUCUCAGUCUAUGUGGGGGACUGGUGCUGUGCUUGAGCAGCAGUGGUGAGCGCUCACUGAGGAAUCUUCAACAACAGAGGAGUCAGCCUUCUUCCCCACCCCCGGACUUCAACAACAUCUAUCCCCCAGCUCCUCCGUACAAACCUCCGGAGGCCCUCAAGGGCAAUCGAGCCCCUUCCCUUUCCUCCGUCUCCAGCAGUGGCUACAGACUUAAUAACUACGUCUAAGACUGUACACAAUUUAGCAACCAAAUUAUACCAAAAACUGUCUAGAUUACAUUCUAAUCGCAUUGAAAACCAGAAAUGAUCACCUGCAAUGUGGCGACGAUACCACUAGGUGGCUACAUUUAUCAGGAAAUAGAGACAGUGCUGCGUCAACAAUUACAAUUUCUGAACGUCACUGCACAUACAUACUUGUAGUACUGUAUACUAUAUACUGUAUUUCAUACUGUAUUUCAUUCUAAUUUUAGAUUUAAAAUGAGCUGACAUUGUUGGUGUAUAAAUUUUCAGAAAAUAACUAUUUUUAAUUGAACCACAUGACGCCAUUGUAUAAAACACAGUUCCAUCCACAUUAAAAUGUGCCCCUUAAA